CCAGGAUGCUCUUCUGUUGGAUACGGAGCAACAGAAGAAAUUGGUCCGUUUCUUGCGGACACCAACGAAAAAGGACUUAUAUUUAAUCCAUACGCAUGGAAUAAAGGUAAGUUUUGUAUAGGCCAGCAUGCUGUUUUUAGAAUCUCCCGUCGGCGUUGGCUUUUCGUAUUCAAACACGAGAGUAGCGAUUAUAUAAAUCUUGACGAUAACUUUGCAACCAGAGAUGCGUACACUUUUCUUUGCAACUGGUUUGAGAAAUUCUCAGAAUACAGAGGAAAUGAGUUCUCUAUAUCGCAGGCGAAAGCUAUGCAGUUGGGGAAUCCUGAGACAUCAAUUGUAGAAGACUGGAGAGGUUGGGUGGAUUAUGCAUGGAGCCAUGCAGUGAUAUCGGACGAGACAUAUAGAAUCAUAAGCAAGUCUUGCAAUUUCAGCAGCGAUGAUUAUUGGGGCGACAAGUGCCAUGAGGCCAUAACAGAAGUUGAGAAGCAGUACAACGAGAUCGAUGUCUUUAGCCUCUAUACCUCGGUUUGUAGAGGAGAUAAUGCACAAUCUUCUUAUUUUGAAUCAGCACAGUUCAAAACAAAUUCUCACAUUAGCUCCAACAGGGUACGUGUAUUAUAUAAU